CGCUGCCCUUACUGUCGUGAAAUCACGCACGCCUUCAUUUGCCCACAGUUGAAAGGUCGAUCUGAAGAUGGUAGAGUCAUUGAUUUGUAACAACACGCAAAGCAGGUUGAGUUCUGUGCUGAACAGAGAUGUCAAGCAGUUCGGAAAGAAGUUCAUGUUUGAUUCUAAUGAGGAGACGUGCUGGAAUUCUGACCAGGGUGAAUCCCAGUGGGUUGUCUUGGAGUUUCCACAGCCUGUGAAAGUUUCAGAGCUCAGGCUACAGUUCCAAGGAGGGUUUUCAGGGAAAUCUUGCAAAUUACAAGGUUCUGCCAAAGAAGAGGAUCUCAAACAUAUUGUGGACUUCUAUCCAGAGGACAACAACUGUCUACAAAGUUUUCCCAUUCAAGAUGCCCCUUUGGUUCAGAGGCUGAAAAUAGUGUUUGAAAACAGUGCUGACUUUUUUGGAAGAAUAAUUGUUUACACAUUGGAUAUCCUGGGGGAAAAGGUUUUGGAAUGUUUUGAGAAAAGGACAACGAGGAAGUAUGAAGAGGCAGGAAUGCCAACCAACUUCCACCACCCCCCCUUGCUUUCACCUCUGGAUGAGGAAUUUAUUUCCACCUACUCACAGGAAAAGCAUACACUGAUGUUACUUUUGAUCUCAUUUCCUUUGUUUCUACAGAGAGACUAUGGAUUAUAUUCACAUCAAGUCAAAACACAUGUACUACACGUUUGUAAAAAUGUUUUUUAAUUGAAAAAAGAUACAAAACUGGUUGUUCUUUACAUCUCCUAUGUCAAAAUAAAGCUAUAAAAUAU